CCACGCCCCCACUGGCCGCAGCAGUAGUGGUUGUCCUGCUAGCAAAAAAACAUCACUUGAAGAUUUUCAUCUCGGUCGUCCAGAUCGGCUCUAGUGAAGGGACCAAAGAGCAACCAAGUGAAAUCUCAGCUACGUAAAAUUGGCAGUUGUCUAAAUUUGGAAAAUGUCGACGAUUAAGGUGAAUCUGGACGAGCCGCGAUGGGACCAGAGCUCUUAUUCCGGCCGCGCCAAGCACUUCUUUUCAACCACCAAUCCCUUAAACCUGCUCUGCUCGUCUGCUGAUCUUGACGAGGCCAAGGAACUCGUCACCAAGUACAAACAGGGGAUCGAAAUUCCUGGACUGACUGAAGAGAAGAUCUGGCGCGCGAAGCAAUUGUACGACUCGGCAUUCCACCCAGACACAGGGGAAAAGAUGAUGCUGAUCGGUCGGAUGUCAGCCCAAGUGCCGAUGAACAUGACAAUUACAGGCUGCAUGAUGACUUUUUACAAGACCACACCAGCGGUGGUCUUCUGGCAGUGGAUUAACCAGAGCUUCAAUGCUGUUGUCAAUUACACAAACCGUAGCGGUGACUCGCCUAUCACUGUAAAGCAACUUGGGACCUCUUAUGUUUUGGCCACAGGAGGUGCGCUUGUGACCGCUCUGGGACUGAACAGUCUGGUCAAAACUGCCCCUCCGUUGAUCGGUCGUUUUGUGCCGUUCGCUGCUGUUGCCGCAGCCAACUGUGUCAAUAUCCCAAUGAUGAGAAUGAAGGAAAUUCAAGAAGGUGUCCCUGUUGUUGACGCUAAUGGCAAUAAACUUGGCGAAUCGAAAACGGCAGCAAAAACUGGAAUUGUCGCUGUUGUACUUAGCAGAAUCGGAAUGGCAUCCCCUGGAAUGGUGAUACCGCCAUUGGUGAUGAAUACUUUGGAGCGGAAGAAGGUUUUAGCAAGAAUUCCCUGGGCGAACGCUCCUCUGCAGGUGCUCCUGUGCGGCUUCUGCUUGACCUUUGCCACGCCUAUGUGCUGCGCUCUUUUCCCCCAAAAGGCAUCAAUCGCUGUCGCUGACCUCGAGCCAGAACUUAAGGCUAAAAUCGAAGCAAUGCCGGACGCACCAACUGUUGUCUACUACAACAAGGGUCUGUAAGCUUGCAGGACACAGUUGGACGGUGACAAUAAAUCCCUAUAGCCCCGUUUAAUAUUUAGAUGGCCAUAUAGAUGGGUAUGUAAUUGUAGUUGUUCUUACGCAAAGGAAAUGUGUACGACGGGACGUGUGUGCAACUUUCAAAGCCGUUCGUGCUGCGAUCAACUGAUUAAUUUUAAGCUCGCCCUGUAAUAUUGCAGGGUUCCCCGUGGGUUGUUAAUUUUACAAUCAAGAUGCAAUUUUAUUUUUCAACCUCUUUUUAGUCAAUUACAAGGCCACACAAAACUAUCGAAAUGAACUGCCGUUCAAUAACAAUAAGUGCAAUAAUGUGAUGUCUACUAAACAAACCCUUUUUGUUCCUAAUAGACAAUGUCAAUUUUUAUUGUUCAGUUGAACCUCAACAUGCACAGCAGUAAUACACAUUUAUAUUUUACACGUUUAUGGCUUUCAGUUUAAUCGUAUUUUUAUGAAGGUACUUUUGUGCAUUCCACUGCAAGUGAACAUAAAAAAUAAAUGGUACUUUUGUUAAAUUAGUAGCGGGAUGUGCCAGAUGCUGUUAAAAUGUAUAUCAUUAUCAACGCAUAUUUAUGCAGAGCGACUAGACGACUAAGUGUUCCUGCUGUCAAGUCUUGCGCACUUGAAGUAGACACUCUAAAGUUUUACCUCUGAUCAAUGUUUUACGCAGAAAUCAUGCUGUUAGGCUCAACUCUCCAAAGACAAUAAAACUCACGAUUGUUGUUGACCAAAA